GCCACCUGUCAGUGUCCAUCAAUGUCAGCAGUCAGUGCUCAUCAGUGCCAUGUGCCAGUGCCCAUCAGUGCCACAUAUCAGUGCAUACCAGUGCACAUCAAUGCCACAUAUCAGUGCCGAUCUGAGCUGCCUUUCAAUGUCACCCCUCAGUGCCAGUCAGUGCCACCUAUCAAUGCCAGUCAGUGCCGCCUAUCAGUGCCAUGCCCAUCAGUGCCACCUAUCAGUGUCCAUAAGUGCAGCCUAUCAGUGCCCAUCACUGCAGCCUCAUUAGCGCACAUCAGUGAAGGAGAAAAAUCACUUAUUUACAAAAUUGUAUAA